AUGCCAGAACAAAUCACGCAAGCCCAAGCACCGUCUGUGUUUUGGGAUGUGGGAAUGGACUUGUUGAACUACCCUACACAUGGUCCCACCGAAGGAAUCACUGGUGAAGGGGUUGAGAAUACUAUGCGUUUUUGGCAAGAUGUUGCAAAUGAGGGGUUUGCUUGUCCAGAAGGUUUACAUGUCAAUGACCCACCGGGAAAUCAAAACAUGGGUGUGGGUGAGCCAAACGCAGCAACGGAUGAUAAUGGCGGUGGCUCAUCAACAGGAUCGACACAUGCCCCGCUUGUGCCGACAUAUAUAGGUGAACAAGUGCGUACAAAUGAAAUGGUAGAGGAACCGAGUGCGAUUCAACUAGGGGAGUCUGCAUGCAUCCUCCCAACGAACACAGAGAAGAGGGCUGGUAAAGCAUUGGAAAAGACGCCAACAGAAUUCGCUGAAGGGAGCAAGGCUACCAUACAUGGUGGACGUGAAAAGAAGGGUGGUCAGAGGGCAGAGCAAACUUCAUCGGAAGGGAGUAGCACCGAGGGCGAGUUAGGAGAAUACGGAAACAAUGUUACUGAGGGCAUGAUGUUCAGAAACAGAGAGGCUUUCAAGCAACAUAUGGCUAUUUAUGCCAUAAGCAUGAAGUUUCAGUACAGAAGUAGGAAGUCAGAACCAGGGCUGAUGGUACUUGAAUGCUGUGGUCUGAAUUGCCCAUGGAGAGUGUAUGCAGUCAAACUUAAGGAUGCUGAUGUGUUCGAAGUUCGGAAAGUGGUAUCAGAGCAUACAUGCUCGAUAGAUGAGCGUGGCGGUUAUCAGACUCAAGCUACUUCAUCGGUUAUUGGAGAGCUAAUGCGAAACAAGUUUGGAAGCGCCGGCGGAGGACCUAAACCGCGUGAAAUAAGGCAGAUGAUGCGUGGCGACCAUGACGUCAAUAUUUCAUACUGGAAGGCAUGGCGUUCUAGGGAUGUGGCCAUUGAUAAAGCUAAAGGUACCACACAGUCAUCUUACCACCUCUUACCAGACUACCUACAAAGGCUGGUGACUGCAAAUCCGGGGACGAUAACAAAACUCUACACUGAAACAGUUGAGGGUGGUGGCGAACGUUUCAAAUAUAUGUUUGUCGCUUUUGGCGCUUCAAUCAAGGGUUAUGAGUUCAUGAGAAAAGUGGUGGUGGUUGAUGGUACUCACUUGAAAGGGAAAUAUGCAGGGUGUUUGCUGACUGCGUCUGCCCAAGAUGGCAACUACCAGAUAUUUCCUCUAGCUUUUGCAGUAGUUGACAGCGAAAACGACUCUUCAUGGGAGUGGUUUUUUGAGCAGUUGUCGGCAUUUGUUGAGCGGGAUGAUGAGUUGGUGUUUGUAUCUGAUAGGCACAUGUCUAUAUACAAAGGUCUUAGCAAGGUCUAUCCGGGAGUGGGGCAUUGUAUCUGUGUGGUUCAUUUGAAGAGAAACAUAAGGUCAAAUUUCAGAGCUCGGCACCUGGAAUAUCUCGUUGCUAAAGCAGCUAGGACCUUCAGAUUGCAGGAAUUCUAUACAACUUUUAACGAGAUUAAGACAAUGGAUCCGGCAUGUGCUGAGUACUUACUUGAUAUUGGGUUAGAGCAUUGGGCCAGAUCACAUUUCCCGGGAAAGAGAUAUAAUAUCAUGACAAGCAACCUUGCGGAAUCAUGGAAUUCUGUUUUGCGGGAAGCUAGAGAAUUUCCGGUAAUACCUUUGAUCGAUUUCAUUCGUACUAAGCUCACAGGUUGGUUUGCAACGCGAAGGGAAGCAGCCCAGAAGAAUAUGGGUUCAAUGUCGCCAAAGGUCUCCGGAAUGCUAACCAAAAGUUUUGAGCAGACAGGUGGAUACGGCGUAACUCAAAUUGGAGAGGACGAGUACGAGGUGCGCAACAAGAACGGAGGGAGCUUUCACGUUGACCUCGAUAAAAAAACAUGUAGCUGUUACGAGUUUCAGGUGCUUGCCAUUCCAUGUUCACAUGCUAUAGCUGCUGCAAUCAAGGCAAAGAUUAGCGUGGAAUCGUUAGUUUUGCCUGCAUACACUAUUGAGGGGCUGAGGUCGGCAUAUGCAGGGAGUGUAUUGCCAGUGCCUGACUACACAGGUGUGUCUGAUUUGGUUUCUGACUUUGGUGGUAUGAAACUGUGUCCUCCAGUGACAAGACGCCCACCUGGGAGGCCGAAGAAGCAGAGGUUCUUCUCCAGGGGGGAAAAAAUAAUGAAACGCACUAAGAGGAGGGCCUUGUGUAGCCGUUGCAAGGGGCUGGGACACAACAAAGCCACUUGCAAGGAAUCUAUAUAA